AUGGCUACCGACUCUAUUAAGAACACUGAUGUUCCCAAGGAACAGUCGAUUCCCGACAAGAAGAAUGCUCCUGAAACUGCCGAGCACUCAUCUGCAGAAAUUAACAAUAACACGACCGACAUGACAACCAAUGUCCACAAGGACAACAAAACCGUUGAUCUCGCCAACACCACGCCGGAAGAAUCUCUCGCCAAGAACCCUCAUCUCAAGGGCAUUCCCACUACCAUGAAGCUUCCAUCUGAGGCCCGCGAGUACGUGGCUAAAGUGGAGGAUGGUGAUUUGGCAUACCUGGAGCACUACUACGACGAUGGAAAGCUGUCAGAACACGACCUCCUAGAGUUGGGGGCCAGGGAAAUGUUUCCGUAG